UCUCCCGAUCCUGUGCUGUUUCCUCCGCUCUUCGUACACCGACCCACCGACGUUUCAGUCUGCCGCCGAGUCUUCGAGGGUAAGGACGUACGGCGCUCCUCGUCUCCGCGUUCCAAACUUUCGAAGGUCCUUCGAAUUCGUGCGAAACGAUCCGUCCGAGUGAACAACGAAAACGGGAAACGGGAAUCAACGACUCCGGAUCGUUUCGAGGAGCCCGCGGUUUCUCCGACCUCGAGAGCCUCAGGCGAAAAGGGAGACCGAAAUGUGUGUGACACCGUUGACAAGUGCGUGAGGCGAUAUCACCGCGCGAUUGAUAAAUAAACAGGGACGGUUCGUCGCUCGCGUCCCCGGUAUAUGAAUGCGAUAAACGGUGAGAAUAACAGGAUCGGUAAGCGGUGCGAAUCCUCCCGUCCCUACGGAGGAAGAGGGAACGUCGCCUCCUGUCGAGCCUCGAUUAUCGCCAAAAUGGUUCGCGGGCUCACGCAGUGGACGAAAACGCUCAGCUUUCCCGCGAGGGUCUCACCCCAAAGACCCUCGAAGGAGGCCAAAGUUUUUCAAGUCAGCCCUAGCUCCAGUCCAACGUCGCCGCCGAGCCCCAUAGGCGACAACAUCGACAAGCCAGCUGUCAUAAACGAGGAGAGUUUCCACGACUUGGAAGCUGAGAAGGCAAUAAUGGGAUCGAUAGUUUACUGCAUCCAUCACAAAGACGGCUGCAAAUGGUCCGACGAACUCAGGAAGUUAAAGGCCCAUCUGAACACCUGCAAACACGACGCGGUACCCUGCAGCAAUAAAUGCGGGGCUAUGAUCCCGAGAGUUCUAAUGGAGGACCAUCUGAAAUACACUUGCGCCCAACGGAGGGCUCGAUGCGACUUCUGCGCCAAGGAAUUUACAGGCCACACCUUGGAGAAACACAGCGGUACCUGCGGCUACGAACCGCUCUACUGCGAGAACAAGUGCGGCAUGAAAGUGCAAAGAAGACAUCUAAGUCAGCACAAAUUGGGAGAGUGCGCGAAAAGGCUGGUCGCUUGCCGUUACUGCAACAAGGAGUUCGUCUUCGAUACUCUCGGGGCGCAUCACGCCAAAUGCGGAAGGUUUCCCGUGGCGUGUCCUCAUCGCUGCGAGACCGCCGUACUCCCCAGGGAGGACCUCGAGGUUCACCUCAAGGACCAUUGCACCACUCAUUUACUGUCGUGCACCUUCAAGGACGCCGGGUGCCGUUUCAAGGGUAAUCGUUUCUCUUUGGACAAACACCUCGAGGAAUCUGCCAAGAUGCAUUUGAGCUUGAUGUGCAGCGUCGUCACGAAACAACAGCAUCAGAUAACUAGUCUCAAGUCGGCCAUCGGCAAACUUUCCCUCAAUUAUACCGGCACAUUGAUAUGGAAGAUUUCGGACUACACCGCUAAGAUGUCCGAGGCAAAAGUCAAAGAAGGCAUGGAGCUGGUCAGCCCGCCCUUCUACACUAGUCAAUACGGGUAUAAGUUGCAGGCCUCCAUUUUCUUGAAUGGAAACGGAACCGGCGAGGGAAGUCACAUCUCGAUAUACAUAAAGAUUCUCCCCGGAGAAUACGACGCCUUGUUACGUUGGCCCUUCUCUCACAGCGUGUCAUUCACGAUGUUCGAUCAGACCGUUGUCGCGGAAAAGGCGUGCAACAUAGUAGAAAGCUUUAUACCGGAUCCGACUUGGAAAAAUUUUCAGCGACCCAGUCGUGAGCCGGAUUCGUUGGGUUUUGGUUUUCCUAGGUUCGUUUCGCACGAGAUGGUGAAAAAACGUCACUUUGUCAAGGACGACACGAUGUUCAUCAGAGUGAAAGUUGAUCCCAGUAAAAUAGUGGCGGUUUGAUUUGUUCGUUGGUUAUGAUAACUUAAUCACUGGAUAACUUGGUUAACGUGAACAGUUUUCACGCCGCAAUUUAUGUUGUAUUGGAAAAAGUGUGUGCAAUAUAACUUGCGUGAAGAAGAAAGCGAGGAAAAAUUUACCAUGCGAAUCUUCGUCGUAAUCUGGGAGUCGCGUCUCGUCCCUUUUUACGUCCUUCAUUCGUCUGCUUUCUUCGCCAUUACUUUCGUUCCGGCAUUUUAUUAUCCUUAUAAGUAUCCGCGGUCAGUUUUACGAUUAUACAAAUACAUAUACCAGAAUUUCACACGAUCAUUCGAGAAUUAUAACUAAUGGAUGUGAACAUCAUGGAGAACGAACAAAAAAAGAAACGAGACUAAAAUACGACUGUUUGGUAAUUAGUUUCAUUAUGCGAGAAACGGAGGUGUGCGUGUUGAUAUACGCGUGAAAGUUUUUGUCCAAGUUUUUUAACAAAGAAACCAAGUGGCCUUCAAGCACUUAGGUAUUAUCAGAAUCGAGAAACCCUAAUAGUUAAGAAUAAAAAUCAAAGAUUAUUAAAUUUCUAUACACCUACGUGUGCGAAAUACCCGUUAAAGGAAUAACUUACUGAAAACAUGUAUAUAUUGUGAAAAUAGUGAUUACGUGACGCGAGCAACGAAUGCAUGAAUAGUAAAAAUAGUAAACAUAAACUCGAUGAAAAGUAAUAAUUUAAAAAAAAACUCAUAUGUAAAUAUAUUAUUAAUUAAACUUAAUGAGAAAAUGUGAUUAAGAUGCUAGUGACUGUAUGUAACGGAUUGAAGUAAAUCAGUAAAUAUAUAUUGAUAUUCAUCUUU